UAAUAUUUCCUCUCGAAGCUUUCUCGCGAUUUUCCUUUUUAAUCUCAAAGCAAUUUUUGAGGCGUGAAAAUUAAAGAAUAAGAAAUUUCCAAUUUCCAUAAAGAAAGGGAAGAAAUUUCUAAGAUCAGUAAGCAAUUCUGAUAUAAAGUUUUGAAUAACGGAAGUGGAAGCAGAAAAUGGAAGGGAUAAACGAGAAAGAGGAAGCACAAGAAGGUCCAGGUCCUGGUUUGGCUAAAUUGGGAAAAUGGACGGAGAUUCAAGAUACGUUGAAGAAGAGAGUCAUUACGGUGGAUGAUUUCCCAUGGAAACUGCCCUCUCCACAGUCACAGCAGCAGCAGCAGCAGCAGCAGCAUCAACUCAAGUUCGUGGGAGGAGUGGACGUCAGCUUCUCCAAGGAUGAUCCAUCUAUGGCAUGUGGGAGCUUGGUGGUUUUGGACCUCCUUAAUGAUCUACGCCUAGUUUAUCAGGAAUAUACCUGCGUCAGACUUGACAUUCCUUAUGUCUCUGGCUUUCUUGCCUUCCGUGAGGCUCCCAUUCUUGUACAUCUCUUGGAGAAGAUGAAAAAAGAUGCUAGUCCUUUCUACCCUCAGGUACUUAUGGUGGAUGGUAAUGGAUUACUUCACCCUCGAGGUUUUGGUUUGGCUUCUCAUGUAGGUGUUAUUGCUGAUAUUCCGACCAUUGGUAUUGGAAAGAACCUGCAUCAUGUUGAUGGUCUUACUCAAUCUGGGGUAAGAAAACUUCUUGAAGCUAAAGAAAACAGAGCCAAGGGCAUGAUUACUUUAAGAGGCAACUCAGGAUUCAUCUCGGGGGCGGCAAUGCGAUCAAAUCAAGGUUCACUAAAGCCUGUGUUUGUUUCAAUUGGUCAUAGAGUAUCACUUGAAACGGCAAUCAAUAUUGUAAAUAUGACAUGCAAAUUUCGUGUGCCAGAACCUAUAAGGCAGGCUGAUAUAAGAUCCAGAGAGCAUCUUCGAAAGCUCAAAUUGAAAUGUCCAAGUGAUGCAAUUGCUAAAUGAUAGUUGCCUGUCCUUGACCGCUAACGGCAUGCAAGAGUUUUGGGGGGCUGCGGUGACAGUCGGCAAUGUUGGUUUGUGUUUCCUUUCCCAACUGUUCUCGUGUUGUGGUUGAUGUUUAUCACUUUGAUAGUAAAAUAAAAAUGGUCCAGAAUAUUGAAUGAUCCGACUUUCAAAUGAAUUUAACCAGAUAAAGCUUAGUUUGUACUUUGAUGUGCUACUCUAUGGAUACAGAGAUGCCAUAUCAGUUUGCAUCUGUGGGUACUUUCUUCUUUUGGAUCAUGAUAUGAUGAUUCCAACUACAAACAAGAUUAUGUAUAAAUUCAUACCAUGUUGAUUCUUGAA